AUGUUCUUUACGGCCAAAACACACAAAGUCGAUUGCCCUCUGCGGGUAAUUGUGGCAGAGAGAGGAACAUGGCAAAAAACUGUGGCUUUAUUUCUGCAAGAAAAGCUCAAUUUGCUCACCAUCGAUGACCACUUUUUAAUUAGGAAUUCGGACAUUUUGGUUAACUUUCUGGAACAUAACGAAAGGGGCUUAAAAGCACUUUCUGUCGAUAUAAAGGAUAUGUAUUACUGUUUGCCGCACGAGAAGUUGUUACAGUGUGUUGACAAUGCCAUUGACUCAUUUGGUGCUGUAGCCUUCCAGAAUCUCACGGGUGUCCAUAACAGUAACCUCUUAGAGCUUUUGUCUUUUUAUAUCAAGUCGACUUUUGUAUCUUUUAAUGAUCGUAAAUACAUACAGAAUAGUGCUGUCUGCAGCGGGUCAUGCCUCGCCCCGAUCCUUAGUGACAUAUACCUUGCAUAUCAUGACCGUUUGCUGAUGAGCAUGCUUGACCAAAAUAUUGUCACCAAAAUAUGUCGUUACAUAGACGACUUUAAGCAUCAAGCGUUUCCUCUGCAUGGGACCAGACACCAGGGGCCACUGGAGUGGCCUGAAGUUCUGGACCUACGGCUGGACCUACGGCUGAAGUUUCUGGACCUACGGCUGAAGUUUGCCAAGGAGCACAUCUGCUUCAAGUACAAUCCGCGAUCGAAGAAAGGCUUGUUGCCUUUUGAUAGUGCGCACUCGAAGUUGAUUAAGAGGGGCAUUGUGUUGUCAGCUUGUGCGGAAGCCCUCGACAAGUCUUGCCCUCAUCUGAUCUCUGAAAGCUUCGAGGACCAGACAAAAAAGCAUGCGAACGUGUUCAUUAGGUGUGUAUUUGCGGUUGUAUAUCUGAUUCCUUUGUCGUGUGGGAGGGUGUACAUAGGGCAGACGGGGCGUUGCCUCAACGAACGCUUGCGUGAGCACAGUCUGGCCGUAAAAGGAAAAAAUGGCGGUCAUUUAGAUUUCCACUGUAGGACAUGCGGUUGCACCCCCCGUUUCGAGAGUGCGUCAGUCAUGGCUAAGGCGCGUGAAAAGACCGAAAGAGAGAUAAUUGAAGCGUACUUUAUCAGGCAAUAUGAUGACAAGUGCAUAAGCAUGCCUUCCAUUUCACAGCUCCCUUUUCGGGGCCACGCCAAGGCGUUAGGAGAAAUCUGCCGGGGUGUGAUCACCAUCAACUCGCCUGAAACCCCGCAGCGCAUCAAAUCUGAACUCGAAAGGCCUCAAGGCACUAUCCUGGCGGUCCGCCAGCUUGAUGACUCUAGUGCAGCUGUGGUGGCCUUCAAGGGCAUGAAGCUCUUCCGCUUCAUCUUCUACCACAGUGUCUGUGGCCUACGGUCGCCCGUAUAA